AUGCGGAUACCCGGCGUUAGCGUCCCGUUUUGGGGUCGCCUAUUGCUGCUGCUAUAUUUUUUGGCUGCCUCCGAGUCUAGGCUCGUCCAAGCCUGCCCCGGGCUCAUCACCAGCGGCUGCAGCUGCACGGACGAACGCCCAAAGGCUCACACCACGACGUCUGUUCGGAAAAGAGUCAGCUGUAGCGGGGAAGAACUUUCUGAAACUCCUCAAGCAAGCCUUCUUCCAAACAGGACCGUUACUUUGAUUUUGAGCAAAAAUCGCAUCAGGGUGCUGAGAAACGGAUCCUUUGCUGGACUUGUCACUCUGGAGAAACUGGACCUCAGGGACAAUCUGAUCAGCACCAUCAUGCCUGGAGCCUUCCUGGGUCUGACUGAGCUUCGUAAACUAGAUCUCUCCAACAACCGAAUUGGCUGUCUGACUGCUGACAUGUUCCAAGGGCUGACCAACCUCACCAAGCUAAACCUUUCAAGCAACAUCUUCUCAUCAUUGGAGCCAGCACUGUUCCAGGAGAUGCCUGCCCUGAAGCUUGUGAACUUCAACUCUGAGUACCUGUCAUGUGACUGUGGCCUGCGAUGGGUUCCUGGGUACUUCCGUUCCAGCUCCGCUCGGCUGGGGGACGAGACCUUCUGCGCGUAUCCCAGAAGCCUCCAUGGCAAACCCCUUCGAGGGCUGAGAGAGAGUCAACUGACUUGUGACGGUCCCCUGGAGCUGCACACUCUCUCGCUCCUGCCGUCUCUGCGUCAGGUGGUCUUUAAAGGGGACCGCCUGCCCUUCCACUGCAGUGCGGCCAUGGUGGACCGGAUCACCACGCUGCACUGGAGGCACAACGGCCAGCUCGUGGCCUCCGACUCGGAGCUGGGCAUCCACCUGGAGGACAGUGUCCAGCACGACUGCACCUUCAUCACCAGUGAGCUCAUCCUGUCCAGUGUGCACGUGGAGGCAAACGGGGAGUGGGAGUGCGUAGUGACCACAGGGCGGGGCAACACCUCCCGCAGUGUGGACAUCGUCGUGUUGGAGAACAGCGCCUCCUUCUGUCCAGAGGAGAGGGUUGCAAACAACCGGGGAGAGUUCAGGUGGCCGAGAACCCUGGCAGGGAUCACUUCCUACCAGUUCUGCCUACAGCUGCACUACCCAUCUUUGACCAUGAGUGGCAGUGGAGAGCAGAAGAAGGCUACGCGCUACUGUGACCGAUCGGGGCGCUGGGAAGAAGGCGACUACUCCCAGUGCCACUACACCAAUGACAUCACUCGGGUCCUCCACACAUUCAUCCUGAUGCCCAUCAAUGCCUCUAACGCAGGCACCCUGGCACACCAGGUGCGAACGUACACCCUGGAGGCAGCCGGCUUCACCGACACAGUGGAUGUGCUCUACGUGGCCCAGAUGAUGUCAAAGUUCAUGGAGUAUGUGGGCCAGCUACGAGAGCUGUCUGAGGUGCUGGUGGAGAUGGGCAGUAACCUGAUGCAGGUGGAUGAUCAGAUCCUGUCUCGGGCCCAGCGGGAAGAGAGAGCCUGCAGUUCCAUCGUACGCUCGCUGGAAACCCUGGCCUGGCCUCAGCUCCACGCCAACGCCCAGGACCUCUCCAUGACAUCCCGUAACAUCGUGAUGGAGGCCCACCUCAUCCGACCCGCCCACUUUACGGGCAUGAGCUGCACAGUGUAUCAGCGCCGGUCCGAGAGCAGUGGCCUGGGGUCAGACGGGGCAGAGCUGGCUCACGAACAGCAGCUACGCUUCCGCUGCACCACCGGGACCCACAACACCUCCCUGAAUGCCUUUCCCCAGAAGAAUGCUGUAGCUCUGGCAUCAGUGUCUCUCCCGGCCUCUCUGUUCCCUCCUGACGCUCCCCAGGACUGUAAGCUGCAGUUCCUGGUGUUCCGCACCGGCCGUUUCUUCCCCUACUCCGGCAACUCCAGCAGCUCGCCUGACCACGCCCGCCGCCGCAGUGUCAACACGCCCGUCCUCUACGUGGGCCUGGACGGCUGUGACAUGUGGAACCGCUCGGACCCCAUCGUGGUGUCCCUUCGGCACGCGUCUCCGGGCAGCGACCCCAUGGCGGCUCACUGGAGCCCCCAGGCCCUGGAGCUGCAGGGGGGUUGGAGCCAGGAAGGCUGCCAGCUGGCCCACAGCGACGCCACCAUCUCCACCCUGCGCUGCUCCGUGCUCAGCAACUACGCCGUGCUGCAGGAGAUGCCUGCCUUCCCUAGCCCGUUGCCCGCCCCUGUGGAGGUGCUGCACCCCGUGGUCUACACCUGCACUGCUGUGCUGCUGCUCUGCCUCUUCACCAUCAUCAUCACCCACAUCCUGCACCACAGUUCCAUCCGCAUCUCCAGGAAGAGUUGGCACACGCUGCUCAACAUCUGCUUCCACAUCGCCAUGACAACUGCUGUCUUUGCAGGGGGCAUCACCCUGACCAGCUAUCCAGUGGUGUGCCAGGCGGUGGGCAUCACCCUGCACUACUCCUCCUUGUCCACACUCCUCUGGAUCGGGGUCAGUGCCAGGGUCAUCUACAAAGAGGCUGUCUGGCGGUUACCACGGCAACAGGAGGGAGAGUCCCUUGCCCCACCUGCUCAGCGGCCCAUGCUCAGAUUUUACUUAAUAGCCGGUGGAGUUCCUCUCAUCAUUUGUGGGAUCACCGCGGCGGUCAACAUCAGCAACUAUGGGGACGGCAGCCCUUACUGCUGGUUGGCGUGUCGGCCGAGUUUGGGCGCCUUCUUUGUCCCUGCAGGCCUGGCAGUGUUAGUGACCUGGAUCUACUUCCUGUGCACCGUGGCCCGGCUGCGGGGUCGGGGGUCACAUGGGUCCAAAGAGCCCUCCAGUUCCCCCAUCUCCUCCCCGCUGCCAGAGAGCCAGCCGGCGCUGGGCGGGAGCACCAGCCUGCUCUCCACGGACUCCGCUGUGGGAACAGUGCAUGCUGGGAUGGUGCUGGAGGACCAGUACUCCCUGAAGGUGCAGUUCUUGGCUCUCAUGGCCACGCACGUCCUGUAUGUGGCGCUGUGGAGCUGCGGGGCCCUGGCUAUGUGGCAGACAGGCUACAGGAGCCUGCUGUUCAGCUGCCUGUAUGGAGUAGCGGCCACUGCCCUGGGGGUGUUCCUGCUGGUGCACCACUGCCUGCGGCGCCUGGAUGUCCAGGCCUCCUGGCUGGGCUGCUGCCCGGCGUAUCGCCGCUCCCAGCCCAUGGCCGCGUAUGUGCACCCAUGCACCACAGCGGCAGGGUCACAGACCGGCCCCUCAGAGCGCGGCUCCCAGGUUUUUGUGGGCUGCCUGCCCCCAGGGGACCCUCACAACUCCUCAUCCGCCAGGUCAUCCUCCACCCCCAGUGGCAUCAGCAGCGUGGGACCCGGGCCCUGCAAGCUCACCAACCUCCUGCAGGUGGCGCAAGACAACGGCAACAACGCCACCCGUGCCCCUGCCAGCACCAACACCAACACCAGCACCAGCACGGACAACACCACCAAGCAGGCCAACAACAACCUGCUGGCAGCCCCCAGCGUCACGGCCCCCGCCCAGCCGCAGAGGAGGAAGGCUGGGAGGACUAAGCAGGGCCAUGCCCAGUACCACCACCGGGGUGAGGGCAGGGGCCACUUCCGCCUCCGAGCUCUGCGGGGGGCUGGGGGAGGGGGCAGUGUGGGCGCUUUGGGACCCCUGGGGCUGGAGCAGCAGAACCACACGCAGCCGGGCUACAGACACACGUCCAGCGAGAACGGCAGCCUCCACCACAGCCACUCAGAGAGCCAGACGGCGCCUCUGGCCAACGGGAGGCGGGUCGGCGAGGUGGCCGUCACCAGCCCGUCGGAGGGCAGCGACGGGGGGAGCAGCGGCAGCCGCAAGCCCUUCCCCCUGCUCCCCUCAGUGGCCAGCAGGGCGGCGACGCAGGGCACGCAGAGGCGCAGCGCCAGCCGGGACAACCUCAAACUGGCGGCCGCCGUGGAGAGGGAGGCCAAACGCAGCUCCUUCCCGCUCAACAGCGCCCCCCUCGUCUCCCCAGUGCCGGCUGCCAACGGCACCCUGAAGAGCCCUGGGCUGGAGCUCGACAUGAGCAGCACUGACCAGUCACAGGGCUCCGUGGGCAUGAAGGGUGGCAUCUGGAAGAGCGAGACCACCGUGUGACCCACAUAUUCAAAAUGGCACCUUGCUAAAAGGGCACUAUGGAAGAGGCAGUCCUGGCAGUGCUGUCCAUCCAUUUUCCACAUCGCCAUUCCUGUAUCUCUCUCUGUGGAAGAUGCGCCUGCCCAUGGAAAUUAGUUUUUCUAGCCAGGUGGAAUUGACGGAUAAAGCAGAGACCACGCGCCUGUUCUUGAAUUAAGCUCAGAAAGUGUAGCAAAUCAAAGAAAACAUGGCGAGCCAGUUGAUUUUUUUUCCCCGUCCUAUUGGUUUCCUUUCCAUUUCCAGGAGCCACCGGAUGUGUAUCAAGUUGUACGUAUGCAAUUAAAAGACCUGAAACUGAAACUCCGGCCACUUUUACGCAAAAAGAAAAGACUAGACAUUUAUACUUUGCUAUGAAAUAUGCAAAAACUGAACCAAGCUUUUUUUCCCUUAAACUCUGACUUUGUUUUGCAUUUCUUGAGUUGAAGAACCCAGUUAGUCUACUCUACUAUACCGAAUCUCAUGGGCAUUUUACAAGCUAAGACUAGUAAUAUUAUCUGAUGUUAUUUUUUAAGGCCACAGGGAAUAUGUAAGCUCUCUGUUCUUUCUUCUAUGCAUUUCAACUACAGCAGGGAAAAGGAGAACCAAAUCGGCCCAUUUCCAAAAUACACCCAUGUGCAUUCCCUUUCUGAUGGAUGUACUCCUAUGCUUUGUAGUGUGUGUGUGCGCGCGCGUGUGUGUGUGUGUGUGUGUGUGUGUGUGUGUGUGGUGAGAGAGUGUGCAUAAGCGCAAAUGUAUGAGAAAGAGACUAUGUAUUGCUUUUUGUUUUUUACCUUGUUGACCAUAAAGUAUUGAAAUUGUUUGAAACAAUUGACACAAAACAAACCAGCACUGAGAAACAGCUCUUGCCAUCCUCACAGACCAAUAAUUCUAUGUGGAGUGGAAACAGGAGGCAGUACCGGGCCAGACUGACAUCUAGGCGUUCACCCUGCCAUGCGUAGUGGAGUGGCCUGUUGGCAUUGUGGUCCAUUUGAUUUCCAGACAAAGGACUUAAAUAUGAACCGUCCCAUGCUGUUCCUUGACUAGAAUGUGAAUGUCGUUUCACAGUGGAAGUGCUAGACUGCCCUCUACUGGAGCUCACAUGUCACUGCAUGCACUGAUCAUCAAAUUCACAAAGUAUUUACAAAUCCAUACAAAUGGUCCAAAUGUUGAUGGAUUUGUAUCUUCUUGCAUUCCCUGUCUGUAGUUAUUAGGGGGGGUUUAGCAGGAAGUGGUUUUCAACUCUGUACAAAUAAGGGGGAUUCGAAAUAGAACAGUUCCUAAUGAUGAAAACCUGAAAGCAUAAUUUUGUCUGCACUACCAGACUCCUAGGGCCUUUCAACAUCAUGAACCAAACUCCAGCUCGACAAUCAGUAUUCUAUGAUUCAACUUACUAACAUCUUUGUCUAUUCCCUGUCACCCACGUUAUUUAAUUAUAUUUUUAUUGGGGUCCUGGGGUAACCUUUUUGCUAGGAAUGUGAUGCUGGAACCAACAGUUCUGAGAAAGCACUUCACAUUGACCUGAUGAUAAACGAGAAAAAAAGAAAAGAUAAUUAAAAUAAUGAUAUCUGCUGUUCUAACACCUAGACAUAAAAGGCACACCAAUCCCCAGAAAAGUGAUAACCUUUCUUUUAAUACAAUAUUGUUGUUUACAUCAUUAUAUGCAACAUAUUCUCCUGUAUUGCCCUAGCGAUACCUUUUGUGGAUGUUGUAGAGCAAGCUGUAGACCACAUGGAAGCAGCUGCCCAUCCUGUUUAAAUUAGCACAGGAUUAUUGUUUUUCAGUCUGUUCAGGGAAAUGAAUGUGCCAAAGAAUAUUUCAGUGUUAAUUUUUUUCAGUGUUAAAUAGCAUCAAAGCUUUAGCAUUUCGCAAAGUGAAACUGUUUUAAGGAUAUUUUGAACAAAUAUGUUCAUGCCAGACUUGAAAUCUCCCUUAUAAAAUCUCAGAUGGGUCUAUUGAGGCUUGGAGCACUGCAGGGAGAACUAGCAACCAGUAACCAGCAUUGCUCCCAACAUCAAGGCAUGUGGAUAUUCCAUUCUGGGGUCACAUCAUCUAGAUGCAUAACAACUGGAGACAGCUUCCAGUUCCAUGAAUUCCUAUGGGAGCUGCUCAAUGACGUGAGAAGCCAAAUCAUGGAGGCUGCCAUGUUUGAGCUUGUAGGCACCAGAGCACGUGCACUGGGUACCUAAAUGGGAAGAAAUCAAUAGGAAUACAAAUCUUCUUCUGUGCAGCUCAGAAAAAUGGUCCCAGGAGAGUAAUAAACUAAGUGUGACAAAAUUUUGGAACUUAAAAGUACAGUCGAAAGUAGUAUAAAUUUGCCAGGAUAAAGUCAUAGUUUUGAAUGGAAAUUUGCUUUUUUGGUACCGGAGGCUUGCGAGCUUCUGGGGGAAGUCAAUCCCUGGUCCCCUGGGUCACACACAUAAUUAAAAAAGAAGAAGAAAUGUUAUAAUAUUGUACUGUAAACAUACAUAAUCACAGAUAGAAUGUGGGAAGCUAGGCCUAUAUAUUUUAUUUGAAAUAACAGACAUCAGAAGUAUGUAUAAAGUGACUUAAACCUUAAAAAGUAGCCACAUACUAAAAGGAUAUUAAGAAUAGAUUUACCAAUUUCCUCAAGACCUAACAACCCUAAUGCUGUUACAUUGGUGGGGAAUUUCAAUGGACAGGUUCAACUGGUGAAUUCCAGAGCUAUGGACAAAUAAGAGGGAAGUUGCAAUCUGAAAAAAGAAAUCAAUUGUAGCUGAAGCUGGACUUCCAAUGCCAUGAUUGUUGGUGUACUGUCUUUUAUUACCAAUAUGAAUUAAAAGGCCUCUCCGUUAUAUUGCAUCCAAGUGGACCUAUAUGAAUAAAAAUUUAACAUUUGCAUGGAUUGGUCCUCUCAAGUUUGUGUGGGUGUUAGUGGAUGGUCAGCGUCUAAAAACGAGUAAAGGGAGAUUUCAAGAUUUAAGUGCAUAUUUAUAUUUAACUGUCACAAUGACAUAAGUAUGAAAUGUAAAUGAAAAUGUUUUUUUUCCAAUAAUAUAUUUGUUUUAGGAAUCCAGACUGUGCCUUAUAAAAUGUGUAUUGAUGCGAAAUAAAGAUUUUUUUAAAACGUA